AUGGACGAGGCCCGGACGAAUCAGUUCCCGGACCUGAAGCUCAAGCCGUCGGUCGCGUUCGACCCGUUCACGAGCGUGACCCAGACCCUGAAGAAACUCGCCGAACUGGUCGGCGGCUACGAUUGGAGCAUCAUGUUCUACCCGGACGGAGCGAAAGUAGCCGGCUACGCGUCAGUCUACUUGAGUUAUCUCAGCCAGGCCAAGGGCGGGGUGAGGACAAGCUUCACCUUAACCAUGCUCGACGAUCAAGGCAACGUACAUGCAACCAGGCAGAUACCUGGAUUCAUCUUCGGUGAGAAGGAAACCUGGGGCUUCUCCGACUUUGUCGAGAAAUCGAAGCUGAGAUCGUCAUGUCUCCUAACGAUAAGGUGUGUGCUCGCUGUGAUCAAAGAACCACCCUCGGAGUGCAAGAGCAAUCUUAUCGUGGACCCUCCGCCGGAGCUGCCCGGCCGCCUCCACCGCGCCCUCAAGAACGGGACAGGCACCGACAUCACGCUCCUCGUGGGGGACAGGGAGUUCAGAGCGCACAAGUUCAUCCUGGUCGCGCAGUCUCCGGUUUUCGAAGCUCAACUCUUUGGCCUGAUGGCGCAGAAGGACAUCCGUUGCAUCAAGGUUGUUGACAUGGAGCCGGCCAUCCUCGAGAUGCUUCUUCACUACGUCUACACGGAUUCACUGCCACCAUGUGGCGAAGACAAUUACGAUACAGCCACGAUGCAGCAUUUGCUAGUCGCCGCGGACAGGUACGGGCUGGACAGGUUGAAGGUGAUGUGCGCAAAGAGGUUGUGCGAAAACAUCAACGCGAGCACAGUCACGAGUACAUUGGCACUAGCAACUCACCACUACCGUGACCAGCUCAAGGAAGCAUGCUUAAAGUUUAUGUCGUCGUCGCGGGAAGCCAUGGAUGCAGUCGUGGUGACCGACGGGUUCCAACACCUCAUUGCAAGUUGCCCCAUGCUAGAUUUGCAGAAGAACACCGUGGAAAAAGUAACCAUCCAGAGGAAGUAA